AUGCCUUUUGAUCGCAUCAUCAGUGCCAAGAGGAGCUUUACCGGACCGUCCUCGCCUGUCGCGAGCUCAACUAUACCUGAUUCUAGCGACGAAUCGCCUAUCAGAGAGAGUCCAUCAAUGCGCAAAGGUCUAAUGGGCUCGUUGCGAAAGCAAAAGCUGCGGAGCAUCGGCUCUUUACGCAGCUUGCGCUCACCUACCAAGACCAAGCAGUCUGAUAUAUCAGAGUGCCUCAUGGAUAGUAGUCCGCUGACCCCGAAGCACCGCCUCAACUCAUCGCUUUUACUCUACUUCGAGGAGUCUCCCCCAGACAGACCAAUAUUCGAUCUUGACCGCAUGGACCCCCGAACCUCGAGUCUCUAUGUCCACCAUUCCUCGCCGGUACCGGUCCCACCAUCCUAUGAACAGAUCCCGCAAUCGCCUGCGGAUUCAUCGCUCAUACCAGAUGGAACUGUUCCACUAUCACCAGCACCUAUCCAGAAGAUUCUGGACUCAGAAAAGACCAUGAUUCAUUCGCCACCAGCAUACACCCAAGCGUACGAACCAAGUUUGGAAGCGAUGAGAAAACCAGCUUCAACAAAAAGCGCUCUGUCUGACAGUCUUCGGGAAGCUGCAGUCUACUUCAAUGAGCCCCUCGUUCGCUUUCCAAACCCAGGAUCCGACUAUCUGCCUAUCGACGAUUGCUUUUCACUUCCUGCUAAGAGCGAAGACUUAGGUCAGACAUCAGCCCGAGAGGAUCCGUCUGGGGUAGAUCGUAUCGAUAACUCGCCAGUCUACAACAACCCGGAUAAGCCAUCAGAGGAUGCGACCACCAAGGUCUCCAAUGAAACGAAUACAGACAGGACACCAAAGGAGCAUGCACAGCUUAUCCUUGAGAAUGGCUACCAGGCAAGCGUCUACCGUCGAGCAGACGGAGAGUGUCGCAUGAAAAUCAAGCUGCUUGCCUUUUGCAAUGAAGAUGACGACGACGACAGUGGAUGGAACAAUGAAACGCCAAUCAGGUAUGCUGCCGCAGAAGAAGAGAAGCUGGCAUCACAAUUGAGCGCUAUUAUUCGGGAUGCGGGGCUUACCUCUGUGUCUGACAGCGAGCUCAAUGAGGCGUUUGCUACUGGAAAACUUCCAGCAUAUCUGGAUGUUGACCCAAGUUGGCACGUCGCCGAGGAAGUGAAGAUGGGAAAGCGUGAUAGUUCCUGGGGCGAGCAUACUGGGCUCUACGACGGUAGCGGCUAUGGAUCAAGAUCCAGCUCCCGACCUGUGACUGGUGUGACUGAGACGGCCGACGUACCUCGUACACGUAUCCCUGGAGCAUUCGUCGACCACGAAAACGAAGCGCCUAUGAUCAUCCGCAGGCUGUGGGACAAUACCUAUCCGCACAGCCCGGAUACGGACUCGCCUGUGAAGGCUAUCGUGGCUGAUCCCGCAAUCUCCGCAGCGCAAGAGCAGCACAACAACCCCUUGCAAGACUACGAAGCCUUCCAGGGCAUGUUGGAUCUUGGUGGCAGUGCAUAG